ACAUCCGGAAGUUGGGCUUUCGCACUCCGAGAGGCGACUUUGAGUUAGGUGACUUGUCCCUGCGGAUCAGUUUGCGGUGCCGCGCCUACUUCUGCCGUACGACCCCGCCAGCCGCGACCGGUGCGUCAGCUAACAAUGAAUUUUUUUCUGGAAACCCUCCGAGUCAUCCUGUUGUCCAUCUGGUACAACGUGGAAGCCUUCCUUUAUUGCUUUCUACCCAAAAAGAGGAAGAACAUAUCCGGUGAGGUCGUUCUCAUCACGGGGGCCGGCAGCGGAAUCGGCCGCCUGAUGGCUGAGGAGUUUGCGAGUCACGGUACUACUGUGGUGUUGUGGGACAUCAACCAGGAAGGCAUGGAGGAGACGGCCAGAUUGGCCAAGAGCAACGGGGCCCUUCGAGUUCACAACUAUAUUUGUGACUGUAGUAACAAAAAUGAGGUUUACAGAGUGGCGGACCAGGUCAAGCGGGAGGUGGGUGACGUCGGCAUUCUCGUCAAUAAUGCCGGCAUCGUGACUGGAAAAAAGUUCAUGGAUGCUCCCGAUUCCCUCAUCGAAAAGACAAUGGAAGUCAACGUCAUGGCGCACUUCUGGACCUACAAGGCCUUCCUUCCCGCCAUGAUGGCAAAUAAUCACGGCCAUCUGGUCAGCAUUGCCAGCUCCGCAGGACUCAUCAGCGUCAACGGAUUGGCAGAUUACUGCGCCAGCAAGUUUGCAGCAGUCGGUUUUGCGGAAUCGGUGGGUCUGGAGCUCCUGGCGAAUGGCAACGACGGCAUCAAGACCACCAUUGUUUGCCCUUACUUCAUAAACACCGGAAUGUUCGAUGGAUGUCGAACAAAAUGGCCAAGACUGCUUCCGAUCCUCGAUCCACGUCAGGUCGCCAAGAAGAUCGUUCAUGCCGUCCUGACGGAGCAGGUCUUUCUUCUGAUGCCCAAGAGCAUGUACAUCAUUGCCGCUCUCAAGAGAGUCCUCCCGGUCAAGCAGGGCCUUCUGCUCGGUCACUACUUGGGAGCCUUCAACGUGAUGGACUCGUUCCAGGGCCGGAACCGAAAAAAGGACUGAGGCCAGAGAUGACGUGAAGAUGAGAGGAUGACCCAAAUGGCGGCGGAGCGAUGACGUCCUCCAUUUUCACGUCAGCGCUUCAGAUCGAGUCCUCUUUGCUUUCGGGGCAGUCGAGACGCCGUCCUCCUACUUGUGUAUAAUCUGUUUUUUAAGCAAUUGCGGUCUGCGCUCUCUCUCCUGGUUUCCGAGCUGACCUGAAAUACUCGAGAUGAUGGAAGGGAAACGCUUUGACUCGUCGAAGCGUGUUGAAAUGUGCGCGGCCGCGGAUUAUCGCGAUUCGAUGGGCGGGGCCCUCGUAGCACGUUAGGAAAAUUCUAAUAUACAAAUGAAGCGACUGUUCCUUUUCA